AUGGCAAGCCCAGAGCAUGAGCAUUUCCAUGACAUACAGGUUCCCUGUAGCAGCACGGCGAGCUUUCUGGUUUCACCGGCUCAACUGCCAGACUCACUGCGGAGAGAUGCUUCCCCAGCAGUGGAGACGAUCUAUGAGCAGGACAGCAAGCCUACGCCCAAGGCAUCCCCUGGAUUUAUGCGGAGGCUUUUCAAAGACAGGCCAGAGGAGGAGCCCAAGGAGCCGUCGUUUUUCAGCUUGAAUGCUGCUGCCACAAAAUCCCCGAAAGGAAGCCAUGUCCCGGUUGUUGAUGCACCGCUGCCCCAAAAGCAAAGUGCCCUUCGCAGUCUCUUCAGCACUCCAACCUUCUUUGCAUCAGGAGCGACUAAGGCCAAAGAGAUGGCAGGCGAGGGUGGUGAGGAGGUUCCACCAAGUUUUGCAGACCAGUUUGCAAGCAGGAUGGGCUCACUGAGAAGCUUUAGUGGGGGUUGGACUUCAGAGCAUGCACUGCCCACGUGCAACAAACCAGCCAUCGAGAGUGUUGCUACAGAUUGUCAGCCUGACACAAGGGAAGACAACGGAGCUGAAGCAGAACCACCUGUAACUUCGGCAGAGACAGCCGUUCCUCUGGAAUCCUGCAAGAAUGUUGAUUCAGAUGCAGCACCAUUGACUUCUGCUGGGGUUGAUGAUGCCAGUCUCCUGACUGCAGGAGUGGUGAUGGAGAAGGCAUGCCCUUCCCCCUCGUUCCACAAACAGCCUGCUCCGACUUCAAGCCCCUGGUCGCUGCGAGCAGAGGGCCUUUUCUCCGCACUCAAAGGAGGAGUUAAGAGCAGCCCAAACCCCUCAGGGACACCGCUGGGGCGUGGAGCAACAGAGGGCGUUUCCAUCAUUGAUAUUGGAGCUUCCGCUUCUCCGCAGACUGACGAUUCACUGGAAGGCCUGUAUGGCGCGCCGAAGCUCCCCAAGCACCCGUCGUUCAGCAUCAGGAAGAGCACUGUUCUGGCCACACUGGACUUUGUGAAGGCCCUUGGCGACAUCUCAUUUGGCCUCGUUGAUGUGUUCCCCAACGAGGACAGGCAGACGGCACUCGGGGAGUCCCUUGCAGAGCUGAACGCACAUCUUGCGGGCAUGCCGGCAAACGAGGGGGUGCUUCAGAGUGGUGAGGCUGCUGGAGGACGAGGCUGUGCUCAUGAGCUCGCGGGACAGAGUGCCCUUCAUGCUGCUGCUCGAAGUCCUCAACUGCCUCCCCUUGAGGUCAGUUUCCUUCCAUUCUUCCACCGCCAUCCAAGCUACUCAUUAUCUCCUUGUCACCCGACUGCAUGUCCUCCCUUCUCGACUACUCACUCGUUUUCCCUCUUUUGUUUGCUCAUCUGUUCAUUCACCCACAGUGCACGCAAGGCCGGCACGGCACCCGAGGGCAUGGCGCCGGCCAAGACAGGCAUCCCCCUGGCGGCCAGCCAGCCCCUGCCCAUGCGCCCUCCGCCCUGGGCGCUGCACAUGUGGAGCCAGGCGCGCCCUGCCUCUCAGCACACGCAGGACGCCCCACUGGGUCUCUCGCGCACGUUGUCAGACGUGGCUCUGGACCGCGCCAUGGCCAGCAUGUACUCCCGCAUGCGCCUCGUGCAGCUCAGCCUUGACAAAGGGGGUGAUGCAGAGCAGGCAGAGUGGGAGGAGUAUGUGAGUGUGAGGCUGGUGGCGGUGCCAGGAGUGACUCUUGAUGACCUCACAGGCCUGGAUGCUGUCAGCCUCUCCCGUGGCCGAGCCAGAGUGCCCAGCAGCCUUGCCAUUGCACAUGUCCGGGUAUGUGCUUCCUGCAGCCCCUGCCCCCCUUGCCCCCCUGCACCCCGGCGUUCUUUUCUAAACGUCUUUCAAGAAUCGGGGCUGCCACUGUGGUUAAGGCCGUAUGAGAUCCUGGUCACUUCAGGCAGCACUGCUCUCAUUGAGACCAUAACGGAUGCUAUCUCAUUGCACGCCCUCAAGAGCCGCAACUCCCACAUUAAAAGCUUGCGGCAGUACUUUUGCGAGAAAUUCAAGCAUGGGUCUCCUGAGUUUCGCGUUGCUCAGCAGAACUUUGUAGAGAGCAUGGCAGCCUAUUCCGUUGUCUGCUACCUCCUGCAGGUGAGUCUCCUUCUUGCUACUUUCACCUUCUCCUGA